CCAGACUCAUUCAUUUACAACCUACCGAGUGUUGUUCGAGGUUUCUUAAAAUUAUAACCAAUCGUAUAUUUUUCGUUUAAAUCAAACAACUGUUGAUUAACAUGUCGGACGUUGACGGCGAUAUUAACAGGUCGAGGGAACACGUUUACGGGGGUAGAAAACACUCGAACUUGUCGAAUUUGGAAAGAAAUUGCAACGAGAUGUUCGCGAAAGGGCCGGCUUUGACCAAAGACUUUUUCGAGAAAAUCCAAAACGACGUGGUGCCUCCCAAAACUGAUUUGUUCGGGUACACUAUGAAUACCAGGAGAUUUAUUUUACUCACAGGGUUAAUAAUCCUGUUCACGUUCAGCACAAUCGGAACCAUCACCAUGUGGUUCACGGAGGUCUACAAGAAGCAAAUCAACUCUUUGCUAGUGAUCACAGAUGAAGCCCCUACCUACGAAAUGUGGAGAUCGCCGACAGUUAAACCUUACAUCAAGAUUUACAUCUUCAAUUAUACGAACGUUGAGAGAUACGAAAUGAGGAAAGACAAGAAGCUUCACGUUGAGGAAAUUGGGCCUUACGUUUACUAUGAAAAACUAGAGAGAGUUAAUGUUAGGUUUAACAAAGUCGAUGGAACAGUAUCCUAUCAAGAAAAACGAACUUAUAUUUUCAGUCCAGAGCUAUCCAACGGAACCAAACACGACCUUGUAAUGGUACCGAACAUUCCAGUACUGGCGGGAGUGUCCAUAGCGAAACACUACAACUUUUUCCUGAGAGUCAGUUUCUCAGGUUUUCUCUCUACACUAUCUGUCGGUGCGUUCAUUCCUUUGACUGUCGACCAGUUUGUGAAUGGCUACGAAGACAACUUCUAUGAUUGGGCCAAAAGUUACCUGAAAUUCCACGACAUGAGAGUGUUUGAGCAUUUCGGAUUGCUUGUUUGGAAGGCAGGUCUUCAGCCUGACGUCAUAACGGUCAACACGGGCCUGCACGACAUCAGCAGGCGAGGUCAAGUUGAAAAGUUCAACGGACAAACCCAAAUCGAUCUGUGGGGAUCUGAUUCCUGCAACAGCGUUCAAGCAUCCGACGGUAUUAUUUACCCUUUAACUGCUCUGAGGGAGAAGAGGGACCUGACCUUUUAUAUGCCACACAUGUGCAGGAAAUUGUCGUUGAAGUUUGAGAAAACCAGUAGUAUUUUGGAUAGCAUCCCGGUUCACAGAUACAAACUACCCUUGGAUACCUUUGAUAACGAAGAUAAGUGUUACUGUACUAGUGGCGAUGGUCAAUGUCCUCCCAAGGGAAUGUUUAAUGCAACACCCUGUGCAUUUGAUGCUCCAUUGUAUUAUUCCUGGCCUCACUUUUAUAAUGGUGAUCCAGAAUUAAGAGCCAAUAUAAGCGGUCUAAAAGAUGACUUUUUGAUGAACGACACAUACGCUAACAUUCAUCCGAGCCUUGGAGUUUUAGUUGGAGGCAAGAUUAAGUUCCAGGUCAACAUAGAGUUGCAGAAAAGCUUCGGCAUUGGUCAACUUAGCGCUUAUCCAGACAGGUUGAUGAUACCCACGGUGUGGAUGGAAACGGGUGUAGAACCUAGUCAAUUGCCAAUAGAUUUCACCACAGCUUUAUAUCAAAUCACCUUCACCGUGAAGAACAUAGAGUUGGGCUUGAAGUACGGCACGCUUCUAGCCACUAUGGUGACGCUGACUUGUAUUCUACUAGUGCUGAAGAAACAAAGACAUAAUCGAUCGAGAGCCAGCAGUCACAGAAGAUCUAUAGACUAUGUACAUUGAAGUGUAUAAAAGUUUUAGGGAAUUUAUUAAUUAUUCGUCUGUGAUCUUAAAUGAAAGAAGGUAUAGUGUUUACAUGAUUGCCAAGUAUUAGAAUAACUAGAGUACGACAAAGUGGCAAUUAAGAUGUAAGCCCAAUAAGACGCACUACCACUAGUGUUGCACAAGAGUCUUGAAAAAGUCUUACAAAACCAAGACUCAUGCAAGAGGUUCAAGACAAGACUUUCAAAAUUUCUUGUCUUGAAUUUCAAGACAAGACUUUAAUAUGCAAGAAAUUUGAAGAGUCUUGCAAGUUUACUUGAAUUCAAGAUUUUUUGAAAGUUAGAAAUGAUACAUUUUUUAAGCGAUAAUUAGGUCUUUCCGCAAGUUAUGCUGGGUUUGUACAACAUUUAUAUAGUCGUAAUCACAAUCAUAAUCAUAAUCAUAAUCAUAAAAGUUAAACUAUCCACUUCUUAUAAACCUGUUGACAUCUUCCAUGAACUUAGCUUUUAAUUA